GUCCGGAAAUUCAACAUCUUGGGAACCAACACUAAGGUUAUGAACAUGGAGGAGUUCAAUGGAAGCUUGGCAGCAGAAUUCAGACACCUGGGUCCUCUCAUAGUGACGGAGGAGUGUGUGUGCGUGCGUGUAUCCAGACAAUGUCCCUGCCCAUUGUGGUCAUCUCCAAGAUUAGCCAGCUGCCCAGUGCCUGGGCCUCUGUCAUGUGGUACAACAUGCUGACCUGUGAGUCCAAGAAUCUGUCGUUCUUCCUGAGCCCUCCUCAGGCCACCUGGAGCCAGUUGUCAAACGUGCUGAGCUGGCAGUUCUCCUCCAUAACCAAGCGAGGCCUCAACGACGAGCAGCUGAGCAUGCUGGGAGACAAGCUCCUGGGUGGAGAAGCAGCCGGAAACCCUAAUGGACUCAUCCCCUGGACCAAGUUCUGCAAGAGUGUGAAUGAGAAGAGCUUUCCCUUCUGGCUGUGGAUCGAGGGAAUACUGGACCUGAUCAAGAGACACCUGCUGUGUCUGUGGAAUGAUGGGUGUAUCAUUGGCUUUGUUAGUAAGGAGAGAGAGAAGGCCCUGCUGAAGGACAAGGAGCCUGGAACUUUCCUGCUGCGCUUCAGUGAGAGCAGCCGAGAGGGAGCCAUUACCUUCACCUGGGUGGAGGGCUCCAAUAAUGAUGGCCAUUUCCACGCGGUGGAGCCCUACACUAAGAAGGAGCUGGCCGCCAUCUCUUUUCCUGACAUCCUCCGCAACUACAAGGUGAUGGCUGCCGAGAACAUCCCUGAGAACCCUCUGCUCUACCUCUACAUCCCCAAAGAGAGCGCCUUCACACGCUACUACAGCCGCCCCACAGAAGGAGGUUGGUGAGGGGAGGAAGGCUCAAAAUACCAUGUUCAGUUGUACAAACAACAGUACACAAGUAUAAACACCAUUGGACCACACAGCCGUCAUACUGCUCAGGAAGGAGACACGUUCUGUCUCCUAGAGAUGAACGUACUUUGGUGCGAAAAGUGAAAAUCAAUC